UGCAGGAAAGCCAGCAAUACCUGUUAAAAAAUAAAACCGCAGAGCAAGUGGCCGCCCUGAAAGGGGACUCCUCCGGAAGGCUCCUCGUCUGCGGCACCUGGGCACCUUGUCCAGGGCCACAACUCUUGCCUGGUGGCUUUGCCAUGGGGUUUCGCAGGAACAGGAAAAUUUGACCCGGUGGUAGUGCCGGUUGGGACUGCUGGCCACAUGGCACUGGGUGUCCUCCCUGCCUUGAGCAGGUCGCUUGAGCUAGGUGGUUGUCAGAGGAGGGGGGGGUCCCAGUGAAGCGCGGGGUGGGGACCCGGGAAGCGCCGUCUCAUGCCCCUCUUGUCUCCCUGCCACGCUGCAGCUCCUGAUCGCUCGCCGGAGGAGAACCAGCUGCUACUUCUACCCCCGCGCCUGGCCCAGCAUCAGGAGCGCAGACUGGUGGGAGCGGGUGGUCCUGAAGGAGUUUGGACCCCAGGACUGGCUGGAGAAGUUCCGGAUGUCUAAGGAGACCUUCUUCUAUGUCUGCAACCAGCUGCGGCCUGGACUGGCUCCGCACAGUGCCCACUUCCACCCCACCCUGCCCCUGGAGAAGAGGGUGGCCGUGGCCCUGUGGCACUUGGCCACCAACGUGGAGUACCAGACUCUCAGCCCGCUCUUCGGCGUGGGGCCCUCCACGGUGCAGACGUGCGUCCGGGAGGUGAGCUACGCCGUCGUCUUGCUGCUGAAGCCCCUCUACCUCCGGCUGCCCAACGAGAAGGAGCUGGAGAACAUGGUGCGCAUCUUUCGCACCCGCUGGGGCUUCCCACACUGCAUCGGCGCCCUGGACAGCCUUCACAUCCCCAUCCAUCCGCCCCUGCGCCUCAGCGCCGACUACUGCAACGGCCAGGGCUGGCACUCCAUCCUGACGCAGGCCACCGUGGACGGGCUGGGCCAGUUUUGGGACGUCUCCACCGCUUUCCCCGGCAGCAUGGAGAACAGCGCGGUCCUGGAGAGCUCCAGCCUGUGGGUGCUGGCCAAGGAGGGCCGGCUGUGCCCCAACCCACCCAAGCACUUCAUGGGGAAGGCGCAGAAGUACGUGCUGCUGGGCGAUGCCACCUACCCCUUGCAAGACUGGAUCCUCAAGCCCUACCAGGAGGACGAGAACCUCACCCAGCGGCAGCUGCAGUUCAACUACCGCCUGAAGCGGGCGCACAGCGUGAUCGAGAACGCCUUCCUGCGCCUGAAGGCACGCUGGCAGAUCCUCCUGAAGUGCGACGACUGCAGCCUGGAGCUGCUGCCCACCCUCGUCCUCGCCUGCUGCAUCCUGCACAACGUCUGUGAAGCCCACGACAACCCCUUCAACGAGGAGUGGCUGGAGGGCACCGAGCCGACCGAGUUGCCCAAGCCCUGCCAGCCCGCACCUGCCGCCAUGGAGGAUGGCCGGGCUGAGCAAGGUUUAAGCGGUCUGGUGGUGUGUUGUGUGCUGCACGAGUAAAGCGGGGAUCGGGGCUGGGCGAGGGAGAGGGCUGCUUGGGUCUCCCUUUCCUGGGAUCACGCCUCUGUCCCAAGGCCCCUCCGCCAGGCCGAAACCAGUAGGAGGCUUGAAAUAAGAAGGCAAAACCCCUUUGAAGGUACGAAACUCGCUGCGUAAACAUGCUUGGGAGGGGAAGGGAAGGAAGAGGCAGAGCAGUGACUUGCCGGGGGGCCGGCACCAGCCUGGAAUG